AUGCCUCCGAAAAAUGCAUAUAAAUGUAUUGUACGUGACUGUCAAUCAAAAGAUGUAGUAUGUCAUCGGUUUCCAAAUCCUUGCAAUGAUAUGGAAAGACUUAAAAGUUGGAUGAGGAUUGUAGGUGGUUUGGAAGACAUGAAUCCGAUGUCUGUGUAUACUAAAAAAUUCAUCUGUGCUUUACAUUUUACUAAUGACUGUUCGAGUCCUGGUACUAAAAAGCUAAAUGCAAAUGCGUACCCCUCUAUCAACUUGCCAAAUAGAGAAAUGGUUAAUGAUGAUAUCUUAAAAGAAAAUGUUCAACACACAGUUACAGAAAAUGAGCUACAUGACCAGCAAAAUGUCAAUGAUUCAUUUAUGUCUGGUGUAUGUUUUUUAGACAAUUCAUUAAAUUAUGUGGACUUCAUUGCAGAUAGUGUGCAUGUUGAACCUGUAGUCAGUAGUAUUGAAAAUAAUAUGCUUGUUGAUAUUGCCUCCAAUGAUAUAGUUAAUGCUAAGAAUGCGCAUAUAACGCAUGUAGUUAAUGUUGAUGGCUUAAAAACAGUUCCUUCUAAAUCUAUUCGAGUUCCGAAGUCCAAUAAAAGCUUUGGUUUGUUAGAUAGCAUUGGAGUGAAAAAAUGUAGCUCGUUAACACCUAGGUGCAAACGUUUUUACAAACUAACUACAAAUAUCAUAAAAAAAUAUCGUCGAAUGAAUACGAAAAAGACAUUAUUCAAAACACGAUUACGGGAUGCUGACAAAUUUGCUAACACGUAUUUAAUUGACAAAUUUUCUGACAAACUUUCUGCUGCUGCAUCACUUUUUACAAGACUUCAGAUCCGUGAAUCAAACAAAAAGAGUAAUGGUCGUCGAUUUUCAUUAGAAGAAAAAAUGCUGAGCCUCUCAUUAUAUAAAAGAAGUCCGAAAUGUUACAGGCUCUUAUCGCAAAUGUUUACAUUGCCUUGCAAAAGGACACUUAAUGUUAUCUUGGGCAGUAUAACAAUAAGUCCUGGAAUUUCUCCGUUGAUGAUGGAUGUGCUUAAAGAUAAUGUCAAAAAACUGAAACCUUCAGAACGGUACUGUACAAUAUUAUUUGAUGAAGUGUGUUUGUCGAGUGGUAUAAGUUACAAUCCAGUAACUGACAAUAUUGAUGGGUUUGUUGAUACAGGAGUGUAUAAAAGCCAAAGUGUUGCAGACCAUGCAUUGGUUUUUAUGGUACGAGGAAUAAAAAAAAAAUUUAAACAACCUAUUUCUUAUUCAUUUUGUCAAAGCGCCACAAAACACGAUGAAUUGGCUCGUCAAUUAAAAGAGGUUAUUCAAAAAGUACACGAUACUGGUUUACGAGUAGUAGCUACCAUAAGUGACCAAGGUUCAGCUAAUGUAAGUGCCAUAAGAAAUUUGAAAUUAGAGACGAGAACUUCGCAUUUAAGAAAUAAUACCGUUUACAAUGAUGAAUUUUAUGAAAUACAAUUGGAAAAUGAACAAAUUUUAAAAUUGGUCCAUAUUUAUGAUGUCCCACAUUUAAUGAAGUGCAUCAGAAAUAAUUUGAUGACGAAAAACUUAAUAUUCUAUGUUGACGGUAUUAAGAAAGAAGCUAAGUGGUCUCAUUUGGUGGAGUUGUACAAUGUUGAUAGUCAAACACCAGAUUGUAAAAUGUUGCCAAGACUUACAGAUCAGCACAUCAUUCCCGAGAAAGUUAAAAAAAUGAAAGUGAAAUAUGCUACACAGGUGUUUUCACAACGAGUAGCUUCCACAAUGAAUUUUUUAGCUUCUCGAGAUAUCAUUAACUCUGGUGCUAAAGAUACUGCUUUUCUUUGUUACUUUUUUGAUGACUUAUUCGACUCUCUCAAUGGUAGUUUUGACAAAACUGUUGAUGGUAAAAUGUACCGCACAGCUGUCAAAAAGAAUAGUCCUCAUCACAACCUUUGGGAAAAAAGUUUAAAAAUACUCAGUACAAUGAGUUUUGUAAAUGAAAAGGGCAAACAAAUAUCAACUCCAACCAUUCAGAAUUGGAUAUCAACAAUUAAAGCAUUUCAAACCCUGUAUAAAAUAUUGAGCUCACAAGGUAUUCGGUCAAUCCUACCAAGACAUUUGAAUCAGGAUUCCCUGGAAAACUUCUUUGGAGCUAUUCGGUCAAUAGGUUCAAUUAAUCCCAAUUGUCAUUCAUUUGUUUCUGCGUACAAAACAUUGGUUCUCAACAACUUGAUUUCACCACAUUCACCUGGAGCAAAUUGCGAGGAAGAUUUUACUGAAGGUAGUCUUACCUCUUUUAAAAAUCUGUUUGAUAAGGCAGCCCAAUUUUCAACACCUACCACCAACAAAACUAUAGCUGCAGAUCUACCGGAAACAAUUCAUCAAUUGUCUUCAACAACUGAAUUUAUACAAGGACAAACACAAACAUAUAUAGCUGGGUAUAUAUUGAAAAAAUUAAACAAAGAUGUCUUAAAAAAUUGUAAAUACUGCCUUCGCCAUCUUUGUGGUAAAACUGUUUCUAAAGAAAACCAACUUAUUGCUGCUCGAGAGUAUCAAACUGGCCGUAAUUCAUUAAAAUAUACAUCUUCUUCUUUCCAAAAAAUUGUUCAACAAAUAAUUUGUUAUGUGGGUCAACAAAUGUCAAUGUUUUGUCAUCACGAAAACAUUUUACGAAAUCUUGCAUUUAACGUCUCCAAGAUUUUCAAUUUUAAUAAUAUUUUGGACUGUCCUGAUCACCGAGAUAUAUUUCCAACAAAAAUAAUUAAUAUGGUCGUUAAGUUGAUGAUAAACCAUUAUUGUACAGAGGUUAAUCGUAUUUUACUCGGUAAACGUAAAAUUCAACAGCGUGAGACAGAUCCAAUGAAAAAAAUUGCCCAUGCAUGGUAUCUCAAGCAUAGCAAACGAAAAAUUCAACAGAAAUUUAAUUUAGUUUAA